ACCCCAUUCCUCUGGCGACUCUGCCUUGCCUCCCUGCCCCUCUGCAGCCCAGAGUACGUGGCCCUGAUGCGGGGGACUCAGGCCCUGGGCACGGAGGAGCUCCGGGCACUGUCUGGACAGUACGAUGCCGUCUACUUGCAUCCGAGCACCUUCCACAGCGCACGGCUGGCCGCCGGGGCCGGGCUGCAGCUGGUGGAUGCCGUGCUGACGGGAGCUGUGCACAAUGGGCUCGCCCUGGUGAGGCCUCCUGGGCACCACAGCCAGAGGGCUGCCGCCAACGGAUUCUGCGUGUUCAAUAAUGUGGCCAUCGCGGCCAGACAUGCCCAGCAGAAGCACGGGCUGCACAGGAUCCUCAUUGUUGACUGGGACAUCCACCACGGCCAGGGCACCCAGUACACCUUUGAGGACGACCCUAGCGUCCUCUACUUCUCCUGGCACCGUUACGAGCACGGGCGCUUCUGGCCUUACCUGCAGGAGUCGGACGCAGUAGCUGUUGGGCAGGGGCGGGGCCGCGGCUUCACUGUCAAUCUGCCCUGGAACCAGGUGGGGAUGGGAAAUGCUGACUACCUGGCCGCCUUCCUGCACGUGCUGCUCCCCCUGGCUUUUGAGUUUGAUCCUCAGCUGGUGCUGGUCUCGGCAGGAUUUGACUCAGCGAUCGGGGACCCCGAGGGGCAGAUGCAGGCCACGCCAGAGUGCUUUGCCCACCUCACGCAGCUGCUGCGGGUGCUGGCCGGCGGCCGGGUCUGCGCCAUGCUGGAGGGCGGCUACAACCUGGAGUCGCUCUCCGAGUCCGUGUGCAUGACCGUGCAGGCCCUGCUGGGGGACCCCGCCCCGCCCCUGUCAGGGCCUAUGGUGCCGCAUUGCAGCGCCCUGGAGUCCAUCCAGAGUGUCCGGGCAGCCCAGAUCCCUCACUGGACGAGCCUCCAGCAGCAAGACUUGGCCCCCGUCUUGAACCCCAGCAACCGCUCCCCAGAGGGGAGGCCCUCGCCUCUGCUGUCUCAGGGGCCCGAAUUCAAGGCUGCGGCGGCCCAGGCCACGGUGGCGCUGAGCUCCCUCCUGGACCGGCUGCACCUCUGCCCCAUGCCUCCUGUCCACACGGCUGUAGCUCUGACUUCGCUGGACGCUGCUCUGGUUCUGCCCCCUGAAGUCCCCCAUCAGGAGGGGUCAGCCCUGAAGGAGGAGGCACAGGCCUGGGCCAGCCUACACGAGGCCCUGGCCGAGGACGAGGCUGCCAGUGCACUUGGGAAGGUUCUGAACCUUUUGGAUAGGAUCUUGGAUGGGCAGGUGAGCAGCGGCAUCGCAGCCACCCCGGCCUCUGCUGCAGUUGCCACUCUGGAUGUGGCCAUUCGGUGCGGCCUUUCCCGGGGAGCUCAGAGGCUCCUCUGUGUGGCCGUGGGACAGCUGGAUCGGCCAUCGGACCUGGCAGAUGAUGGGAGGAACCUGUGGCUGAACAUCAGGGGCAAGGAGGCAGGCGCCCUGUCCAUGUUCCACGUCUCCAUGCCCCUGCCCGGGACAACUGGCGGGUUCCUGAAUUUCCUCCUGGCCCUGGUGCUGCCCCUGGCCUAUAGCUUCCGGCCUGACCUGGUGCUCCUGGCACUGGGGCCAGACCAUGGCCUGCGGGACCCCCAAGCUGCGCUCCUGGCCUCACUGUUGCGGGCCCCGGCAGGGUGCCGAGUCUUGGCCCUUGUGGAUGAGGAAUCCACACCCCAGCUUGCAGGCGUCCUGGCCCAGGUGCUGCACGGAGAGGCACCCCCCAGCCUGGGCCCCUUAUGCGUGGCCUCCCCAGAGGACACGCAGGCCCUGAUGCACCUGCGGGGGCAGCUAGAGCCGCAGUGGAAGAUGCUGCAGGUGGCGGCUCCCGCUUGAGCGCUGUGACCCUGUGGCUGAAAUCGGCCAGGGUGGGAGUAUGUACGCCCGGAAGUGACACUGCAAGACAGUCCCCCGAGAGCCGGUGGUUAGCCAUUGCCCGAGGCCGACCGCCUG